UGUGACAAAACUGCACAUUUUAGAGUGGCCUUUUAUUGUCCCCAACACAAGGUGCACCUGUGUAAUGAUCGUGCUGUUUAAUCAGCUUAUUGAUAUAACACACCUGUCAGCUUGAUAUAUUAUCUUGGCAAAGGAGAAAUGCUCAUUAACAGGGAUGUAAACAAAUGUGUGCACAAAAAUUGAGAAAAACAAGCGUUUUGUGCCUAUGGAACGGUUCUGCAAUAGAUCACGUGUCUUCAUGCGUCGUUUCCAUGGAGUUGUUUUUACACGCUUGUUGUUGAUUGGUCAAAGGAAAAAUGGCCGCAGAAUAAACAUUCGCAGCGAAUGUCUUAUGGUGUUUGUUAUUUAACCAAUGAAAAUACGUCCUUUUUACAAACGAAUGUCCAGGAAGUUUUUCGUUUUUGGAGGGGGUGAAAACAGCAAAUUUUGGGAUAUUCCUAAUAUUUUCUUCGAAAUUUACAGAAUACAUUUUUGGAAGCAAGCAAACAGUUCACUAUUUUGAAGUUUGCAUAAACAUUUGGUUCAGGUUUGUUAUUUCCAGAACAUUGUUGAACUCCUGACUGAGCCAACAUGGAUUCCUCUCCAGUACUGCGUCAGCAAUGUCAGAACACAAUCCUGAACGACCAUUCAAGUCUCAACAGAAUGACAGAAGACACCAAGCCAGGCUCCAAACACCUAUCUGUACCUCAUAGCCAUCCUUCCAAACACCCAUCUGUACCUCAUAGCCAUCCUUCCAAACACCCAUCUGUACCCCAUAGCCAUCCUUCCAAACACCCAUCUGUACCCCAUAGCCAUCCUUCCAAACACCCAUCUGUACCUCAUAGCCAUCCUUCCAAACACCCAUCUGUACCUCAUAGCCAUCCUUCCAAACACCCAUCUGUACCCCAUAGCCAUCCUUCCAAACACCCAUCUGUACCUCAUAGCCAUCCUUCCAAACACCCAUCUGUACCUCAUAGCCAUCCUUCCAAACACCCAUCUGUACCUCAUAGCCAUCCUUCCAAACACCCAUCUGUACCUCAUAGCCAUCCUUCCAAACACCCAUCUGUACCUCAUAGCCAUCCUUCCAGACUGGGGCCUGAGAACAAGAACCCAGCAGCAGACUCAGACAACGGUCCUAAACUCACUAUUAGACCGCUAGGCAUCAGCAGGCUGCCAGUGCUGGCCAAGUCCCUGCCCCUUAAAACUCCCUCUGACUUCACGCUGUCACACAAGAGAUGGGAGGACAACUCUCUAGCGGGUAAAGCCAAGAGGAUGAAACCAAACACCAAGCCUGUGCCUUUCAACUUCUUUAAUCUCAAGGCCAACCAAAUGGUGGCACAGAACCAACGGGGACAGCUGGCUGCUACUGCAAGGGCUGGUGCUCAACCAACCCAACCUAAAAGUACUUUUAGCACUGCUGCUCAUCUAAAAACAAGACCCACAACAACCACUGCCCAACUGCCCAGUAGCAUCCCAGCAACUCAUAACAAGGCCCAUUCAAAGUCAACAGUAGAGCUUGCUGCUCAACUCCCAACAUUUGUACUACACUUGGCAGCUAGAAAAGCAGUCCCAGGGCCUGGCGGCAUCCUGUCACAGCAAAAUGGAGAGUCGGGGAAGCCUCAUCAGACCCAGGCUCCCAGUGCUGCCACCUCCAUGUCUUUGUCUCAACAUCCAAAAGACUCUUCUUCAGAUAAUCUAUUGCACGUACCUGGAUUGGGACAACUUUCCAGACCUCCCAGUUCAUUUGCUCUCGACUCAGGUCUUUCGUCCAGUGCUUUCUCAUUUAGUAGUGCCUCCACUGCCUCGGCCCAGCCCGCUGCCCUCAGUACGGAAGCCUGUGGGGGGCAUUUUGACAUGCUCAGCCUGAAAGAUCCUUCCAUUCCUGGGCAGUUACCAAGUAGUAGCGCUGGGAGUGUGGAGGCUGCCUUCCACUCUGACCCCUCUGCCCUACGUAGUAUCGUCCAGAAUGAGGGAAUCAGUGCAGCCAGGGUUUUUAUGUCCAGCCGUCCCUCUACACAAGCCUAUAACAACAUGCCCCAGAGAGUGUCCAUCAUGAAGUAUGGUCCGAAGACAGUGCUCUCUGCUGGUCCUGUCAGGAAUGUGAAGUUGUCUCCGGCCCUGGGCAACAUCCUGCAAACUGAAGGGGUCAGCUACCCUCUGGAGCUGGAGAGAGUAUCUGUCAUGAAGAGUCACCAGACGACUGCAGGUCCCGUAAGGUCUGUUCAGUUCUCCCCUGAGCCUUCAUCCUUCAACAGCAUCCUGCAGGAUGAAGGGGUGAGCUACUCUCUCCAGCCCCAGAGAGUGUCUGUCCUGAAGAGUCACCAGAAGUCAGCAGCCUCUGCAGGUCCAGGACAGAGUGUUCAGUUGUUCCCAGAUGCUGCAGCCCUUGGCAGCAUCCUGCAGAAUGAAGAGGUGAAGGCUGGGAGACCCCUGGAAGCCACACCCCAGCGCAUCUCUGCCUGUCCAUCUGGCAGAGGCACCUCCAUUUACACUGCACAGCGAGUACCCAUCACAAAGUGGCACACUGAAGCACCUGGAGAACCCAUGGUGACUUCAGUCAGCCUGACCCCAGCCUUAAAGUGGACACCCCAGCGGGUCCCUGACACAAGGCAUCAGCCCAUGUCCAUGAGGAGGCUCCUGUCUGCCCAUCGGACCCCCUACGCAGGCUAUCCCAGACUCGGGGGCCUCCAGGGCCACAGCGGAGAUCUGGAGACACGCAAGGAGGAGGUUGUUCAGAGAUUGUUUAAGGAGACUGAGGAGGAAGAACGGACAGACGGUGUGGGGUUGGAUCAAGACCCUGCUGAGACGCGAGCAGACCAACAGCUGGCGAAGGAGGAGAAGCAAAGUAACACAGGAGGACGACUCCAGACUUUCUUCCAAGACCCACACAGAGAAUCAGUCAUUUUCUUCUCAACUGGCAAGAAGCUGCGCAGAGCAGCUCCAGCACACGAACAGGAGAGCCCUGUGGAUGGAUUUCUGGAGCGAGGUGGGCCCAUGGAGCAUUGUGCUGCAGGAGCACAGGAGGCAAUGGACCUCCUCCCUCUGCAUACAGAGUUAGGCAGAGCCUCUGCACCAGAGAUCCCUGAAGUCACAGCUGCAGCCACAGACCUGACCAGGUUUACCAACCUCUCAGCUUUUGGCCCCCUGAGCCAGCCCAGAGGUAGCAUUAUGUUCCCAAAGAGCGGUGCUCUGAGUUCAGCUACAGCAUUGCUCCGCCGGCGCCUCCCCCCUCUGAAGGAGCUACGUCUGGAUGAGGAGGUGGCCACCUACACCUCCUCCCCAGCCCUACCUCCCUCGUCAUCCUGGCCCCUGCAGACCCGCUGUGGAAACCCUGUAGGAGCAGCCCUGCAUCUCCAGAACUACACUUGUUUUCGGCCAAUUAUCCUGGACCCCUCAUCUACCUCUCCUCUCCGGGAGAGAUGACUGUUUCACUGUUAUUUUUUUAGUCUGGUCUAGUUUACUCAUAAGAAGAGACCCAUAAUGGAUUGUUAAGCUACGUCUUUAAGGAGUGUGUAUGUUUGUUUUCCAAACCCUGUUAUAGUGAGAUUUGCUGUCAUACUUACAAAAUAUCUAUUACUGCUCAAAGUAGCUACUUUUCCAACACGUAACAGACUCAUGUUCAAUAAUGUGUCAAGUUAGAAACAUUUUUACCACAUUGGCAUGCACUGGCUAUAUAAUGCUAAUAAUAGUUUUAUUUUUGACAGUAUGCAAAAUAUCCAAGAAUGAGACUUUUUUUACAUUUUGAUUGGAAUCAGAAACUAAGUGAAUGAAUUGGUGUCCAGAAAUGAAAUGUUAGUGGGUACCGAUGAUUGAAAUCUAUGAUUUUAGAGUAGACUACUGAACCCAGUGGGAAUUGUUAACUUGAUCAAUGUUGCAAUAAAAUGUAUUUAUUACAUCUUUUAAAAAUACGUAAGUAAAAUGUUUGACACCUUUUUAGGAAACCAUAUGUGUGUAUUAUGUUUGCAUUUAUUCAUGGGGUGUGUAUAGUGACAUAGUUCAACACUAACCAAAUGAGGCCCAAAUCAGAUUGUCUAGAUUUGUUUAUAAUGUGUUUCUAAUAAAUGUAUAUGAACUUUC